CCAACCCCAACAUCACCGAACGUCUUCCCCCAUCCUUUUUGCGCGCGCAACACGUUGUUUACAACGCGUGAAGCGCAACGACCGACCUUUUGCGCGCGUCCGCGCCCUUUUCCCCACCCACGCGCAAUUUGCCAGGCAGCCUCCGGUACAGCCAUCAACCGCGACACUUGCGCGCGCGCACCCCCGGCGGAGUGUUCAUCAGCCUCAUUCAUCACGAGGCACGCACCACCACAACGCAGCACAAUAAUGUUAUAGCAGCCCGCUGCAUGCACACCUCAUCGACCCAUACUGUCCUUUCCCGGUAUUGCGCGCUUUUCCACCAACCACCUUACCGCCGAUUGACCGCGCUCGAAGCCUGUGGAGGUCGAUACUAGCAGCACUUUGCGCAACACCGCGCACGUAGCUCACCACCACAGCUAUGGCUUCAGUCCAGGCUACGCCAGAUAUGCCUGGCCAGGGUCAAGGUCAGCUCCCUGCCAACCUGUCCAAGGAGCAGGUCGGGCAGAUCUUUCAGCGUUACCAGCAGAUGAAGGCGGCAGGUGUCCCCGACACCAACCCUGACCUCAUCAAGGCCCGCAAUGUCCUCGCUAUGGUCCAGAAGCGCAACCAGUACAUCCAGCAGCAACAGAUGAUGAAGCAGCAACAUCAGCGACAACAGAGCCUCUCCGAGCAGCAGAACGGGCAGCAGAACGGUGCCGCCAUGGCUAUGAACGGUGCCAAGCCGGCUGAUGGAUCGUCUGCUACGCCUUCUACAAGUGGUCUCUCUGCGGGCGCACAAACGGCCGUAGCUGGCGGCCAAGCUCCAUCCGGAGACGGCCAGACACCCACUUCAGCUGCAAGCGGUGGACAAGGUGGUUUCACGAAGGAGCAGCUCUUUAUGCUUAGGAAUCAGAUUUCGGCCUUUAAGCACCUGUCGAAGGGUCUGCCCUUGCCUGCUAAUAUGCAGCAAAUGUUCAACAACAAGCAAGCAAAGAAGCCUCAGAGCACUUCUGACGCCGUUGCCGCCGCCUCUCAAGUCCUCGACAACGCUACACGCGCUGCGAGCGCUUCAGUCGGUCCCAGCGGAGCUACUCAAGAGCCGAGGAACCUGCCUCGCCUGCCGGACACUUUCAUCGAGCCUUGGAAAAGCGAAGCCUUUCACGACGUCAACUAUAUCUCGCACACCCAGCGCAAGAACCGUCCAUACCUUGCGACAAUCAUGCCCCAGGGUGUCGAUAUUGACGCCGUGCAACAGGGCAUGCAAGAGUUGCGCAAGGAGCGCGAGAUUAUCUUGUACAACCGGAUCACUGCACGGAAGGCUGAGCUUGAGAAGUUCAACGCCAAUAUCGGUUCAUGGGACACAAGCAAGACGGACACACCUGAGGACGAUGGCAAGGUCAAGCUUGCGCUCGUCAUCGAGCAGAAAAAGCUCAAUCUGUUGGAGAAGCAGCGCAAGCUGCGGAGAGAGAUUGCCCAGCAGAUGAUCCACGCUGACAACCUAGCCAUGACUGCCAACCGAACAGUCUACCGUAGGCUUAAAAAGCAGUCGAUGCGCGAAGCUCGCCUCACCGAGAAGCUCGAGAAGCAGCAACGCGAUGCUCGCGAGACCAAGGAGAAGAAGAAGCACCACGAAUUCAUCGAUGCCAUCAGGAAGCACCGUACAGAGUUGAACGAGGCCGGCAUGGCUCAACGACAACGUCUGCAGAAGCUUGGCCGUAUCAUGAUCACCACUCACCAGAACAUCGAGAAGGAAGAGCAGAAACGUAUCGAACGUACCGCCAAGCAGCGUCUCCAGGCUUUGAAGGCCAACGACGAAGAGACCUACCUCAAGCUUUUGGGCCAGGCGAAGGACACACGUAUCUCUCACUUGUUGAAGCAGACCGACGGUUUCUUGAAGCAGCUUGCCGACAGUGUCAAGGCACAACAGCGAAAUCACUCCGACCGUUACAAGCUCAACAAUGCAGACGACAUCUCCUCCUCCGAAUCAGAAGACGAGGGUGACACAGACGACGAGGCACAACCAGGAAAGAAGCGCACCGACUACUACGAGAUUGCCCAUCGUAUCAAGGAGACCGUCACUGCACAGGCUUCGUGCUUGGUUGGUGGUACGUUGAAGGAGUACCAGAUCAAGGGUCUGCAGUGGAUGAUUUCGCUGUACAACAACAACUUGAACGGUAUCCUUGCCGAUGAGAUGGGUCUCGGAAAGACCAUCCAGACCAUCAGUCUGAUCACAUACCUCAUUGAGAAGAAGCAUCAACCUGGACCCUUCUUGGUCAUCGUGCCGCUGAGCACGCUUACGAACUGGACCAGCGAGUUCGAGAAGUGGGCACCCAGCGUCUCCAAGAUUGUGUACAAGGGACCGCCGAACCAGCGAAAACAGUUCCAGCAGCAGAUCCGUUGGGGACAGUUCCAGGUCUUGCUCACCACAUACGAGUUCAUCAUCAAGGAUCGUCCGAUCCUAAGUAAGAUCAAGUGGGUACACAUGAUCGUCGAUGAGGGACAUCGCAUGAAGAACGCCAACUCGAAGCUGAGCAGCACGAUCACACAGUACUACACCACACGCUUCCGUCUCAUUCUUACGGGUACACCGCUCCAGAACAACCUGACUGAGCUGUGGGCUAUGCUGAACUUUGUUCUUCCAACAAUCUUCAAAUCCGCGACAUCCUUCGAUGAGUGGUUCAACACUCCGUUCGCAAACACUGGUGGUCAAGAUAAGAUGGAGCUGACUGAAGAAGAGCAGUUGCUCGUUAUUCGUCGUCUUCAUAAGGUUCUUCGGCCCUUCCUUCUGCGUCGCCUCAAAAAGGACGUCGAGAAGGACCUCCCCGACAAGACCGAGCGCGUCAUUAAGUGCAACUUCUCCACCUUACAAGCAAAGCUGUACAAGCAGCUCGUUACACACAACAAGCUCAUGGUCAGCGAUGGAAAGGGCGGCAAGACUGGUAUGCGUGGUUUGAGCAACAUGCUUAUGCAGCUGCGAAAACUCUGCAACCACCCCUUCGUCUUUGAGGAAGUUGAAGAUCAGAUGAACCCUACGCGAGGCACAAACGACCUUCUGUGGCGUGCGGCAGGAAAGUUUGAGCUCCUGGAUCGAAUUCUGCCCAAGUUCCAGGCCACAGGUCAUCGUGUCCUCAUGUUCUUCCAGAUGACACAGAUCAUGAACAUCAUGGAAGACUACCUGCGGUUACGAGGCAUGCAGUACAUGCGUUUGGAUGGUGCGACCAAGGCCGACGACCGUUCGGAUCUGCUCAAGGCUUUCAACGCUCCCAACUCGCCUUACUUCUGUUUCCUGCUGUCUACCCGUGCUGGUGGUCUCGGUCUCAACCUGCAGACUGCUGACACAGUCAUUAUCUACGACUCCGAUUGGAACCCUCAUCAGGAUUUGCAGGCUCAGGAUCGUGCUCAUCGUAUCGGUCAAAAGAAUGAAGUGCGCAUUCUCCGCCUCAUCACCUCCAACUCGGUCGAAGAGAAGAUCCUCGAACGUGCGAACUACAAGCUUGACAUGGACGGCAAGGUCAUUCAGGCUGGUAAGUUCGAUAACAAAUCGACAAACGAGGAGCGUGACGCCAUGUUGCGAGUCAUGUUGGAGUCUGCCGAAGCCGCCGAAAGCCUUGAACAGGAAGAGAUGGACGACGACGACCUCAACCUGAUUAUGAUGCGGAAUGAGGAUGAGUUCAAGCUCUUCCAGGAGAUGGAUAGGAAGCGUAUCACAGAGGAUCCAUACGGCCCAGGCAAGCCAUUACCACGUCUCAUCGGUGAGAGCGAACUCCCCGACAUCUACCUCAAUGAAGAAGGUCCGGUCGUCGAAGAGGUCGCAGACACCCCCGUCGGUCGUGGUGCCCGUGAGCGUACACGUGUCAAGUAUGACGAUGGCCUUACCGAAGAACAAUGGCUUGAGGCUGUUGACAACGAUGACGACACAAUUGAAGCUGCAAUUGCCCGCAAGGAAGCCAAGAUCGCUAAGCGUGGUCGCAAGUCCGGGCUGCGAGAAGAGUCACCUGCGCUGUCGCGAGAUAGCUCAGAAGAGCCGAUGCCCAAGAAGCGCGGCAGGAAGCCCAAGCAGCCCGAGAAGCGCAAGGCCGACGAGGCUUCUCUGGAAGAAGAUGUCGCACCCCGCAAACGUGGACGCCCAGCACCAGCUAAAGAUGCCCUCCGCCCAGAGCAGCGGACAUCGUUACAGAAGAUCGUCAACACCGUCUACGAAGCCCUCAACGACCUCGAAGAAGAGUCAACCGAGCCCGACAUCCCCAACCGCGGCAUCAUCGACCCCUUCAUCGAACUGCCUGACAAGUGGGACUACCCCGACUACUACCAGCUGAUCAAGAACCCGAUCUGCAUGAACCAGGUCAAGAAGAAGAUCAACAAGAAGGAGUACCAGUCGCUCAAGCAGUUCCGUCAAGAUCUCGGCCUGCUGUGCAGCAACUGCCGCCUCUACAAUGAGGACAGCAGUCUGCUGUACCAGGACGCCAACUUGAUUGAGCAGACGGCGGUGGAGAAGCUCAGGGAGGCUACGCAGGAGUAUCCCGAGUGGCAGGACUUUGACGAUGCGGCGAGUGGCAGGGGGUUGAGCACGGGAGUCACGAGUGCUGUCGGUACUCCACGAGCGCUUUAGCAAGGGCGAAGGCGAAAGAACCCACACACGAUUGAGAAUUCGGAUGAGGAGUAGAUUACUUUCUCGAUAUGUCUUUUGCAGGCUGUAUAAUUGAAAGAGAUUGGAGGCUUGAGUCGCAGGACUCGUUGCGGUUCGAACCACAUCACUGGGCGCUUGAGGGUUCACUGAGUUCAUGAUGAGAGACGUCAUGAGUUGAGGUUUGGUGUUGCACGGAGUUUGAGAGGCUAGUCAUUGCAUAGCUAGUAGACCCGACAGAUCCUUGCAAUCAAUGCACAUGU